AUGAGCAGCAGCAUCAAUGAAUUUGAAAAAACUGUAAUCCAAAAGACUAAUUAUAAUAUGAUAGUUGAAUUGUGCCGUCUACUGAGAUCACACGGUGCAAAUAGGGCAGAGGAUAUUCUGUGUUUAAUAAGAAUAGCUAUGUAUAACUUUCUAUUUGCUGGAAUACUUCUAUUCUCGUACGAAUAUAUGCUUAAAACUACCUUUAAGGCAUCAAAGAACUCAGACUCACUAUAUAAUAGUGCAUGUCGUUUCAUUAUUUCAAUUGUCACAUCUUUCUUUGGAAUUGGAAUGUUUCUAUUUUCAAGUAUGUAUGCUUACAUGGAGUUCAAAGAGUGUGCUAAAAAUUGGCCAAAAAAUAAGGAGACACUAAUUGCAACAGGACUUGCAGUGCUACUUCCACUUUUUGCUCUUCUUCUUAAGACCAUUCUUAUUUCCUGCGUGCCUUCCAAGAAAAGAAGAGUAGCUCGGAAUAUGCUCUACUUCUUCUCUCUAUUGAUGGCAAUGUACACUAUUAUAACUGAAAGCUCUUCUAUAUAUACUAAGUGCCUAUCCAGUUUAGCACUUAAAACAGGGAAAGAUGCUAUCUACUAUAUCAUGUUUGCACUGCACUAUGCUUAUAUGCUUUCUAUUUUUAUUGGCACUAUAAAUACUCUUAUUAGUAUACCUAUAAUUAUUCCACCGAUUUUAAAAAAGGUUACAGAUAGCAGAAAAACAAAUAGAUCCAGAAAUAGAGCAUAA